AUGGUCUCCAAAUAUUUGACACCGCAGUCUGGUGAGCUCUGUAUGAGAUGCUUCAUCGACACGGAACUCUCUCGAAAUGCAUGGAUAUUCCUACGAGCCCGUCGACAGUAUCGUAGCGUCUCAGAUCGCUGGCGACCAGGCAACCAGCUUGAGGUGGUCCCCGAUAGCCUCGAGGAGACAAUACAAAAACAUCGAUUCGCGAAUCGCCAGACGUUCACUAUUCGAAAGAUACCCGCUCGAAAACAUGAUAAUGAGAGGGAAUUUGUUCGCCCAAGGUCGAUGCCGACCCGCCAAAAGUCGAAUGCACAUCUCUCGGUUCCCUCCGUCGCGUUAUCGGGACCUCCUACUGACCGAGUGAGGUUGUCCCAAAUUCUCAACAGCGAUGAAGGUACCAACAAUAAAUUUGAUCUCCACUCCUUUCAAGCACGACGCAACCCUGCAGUCGACCCAACAAGACCAAAUAUUUCGUGGGCGAAGAAUGCACCUUACGGUCCGUCUACCGAACUCCCCUGGCUCAGUUAUGCGGAAAUGUCCGACGGCGGAGGUAUUGCUUGCUUGAGUGAGGAAAUUAGAGCCUUUGAAAAAUACAUGCUGCAAACACCAAGCGAAAGAGAUGCUGUUGAAAAAGCCCAACAUGAUGCCGUCGUAUCCCUGCAAUCAGGAGAGGCGGACUUUCCCAUUCUCAUCGGGUCACAGAGAACAGGAAUGGCCUUGCCGCACUCCUCUGUCGACCUGUUUGUCUCCAUCAAGGAUCUUGAGAGGGCGGAAGGUGGCCGGGGUCCAAGUGCCACCAGGCCAAAGAUGGUGCAAGCGCGGCUCAAACGCCUACGCGAGAUUGCGAGUACACUAAAAGAUUCUCGCUCACUUUCCAAUGUUAUGCUGAAAAGAGAUAGAGACCCAACCUUAGCAGCUCUCCACGAUGCUACGGGUCUGCAGGUGCAAUUCCAAUGCGGACCCAGUCCACCGGCUUCCAUCGAUUUUAUUCUCAACUACCGUGCAGAAUUUCCAACGCUCCGCGCCUUAUUCAUGGUCUUGCGAAUACUGCUCGAAACGCGUGGCCUGUUUGGUGGAGUUGAUGGAGGUGUGCGCCCGUAUCUCCUAAUUAUGAUGAUUGUUGCGGCUCUCAAGAUUCGAGAGGGCAAAUACCAGCGCGACAACGUGGGCAGUCAAUUGCUUCACGUCCUUGAAUUUUAUAAAGAUACAGCUUUUACCAAAUACGGUGUUUCUGUCGAGCCGCCUGGUCUUUUCGACAAAGAGGUAGGCGUAAGUGUGAAGAAGAAUGGGAAGUUGAUUCCUCACCCAUAUCUAAGAGGCCAACGUAGCAUCAGCAAACGUUCCUCAUCAUCGCCAUGCGAGGGUAUGCUGAGCUUGCAAGAUCCCUCUGAUUUCAUGAAUGACGUGGGAUCCACCUGUCCUGUUAUGUCCCAAGUGAAGCAGCUGUUUAAAGCUACAUAUGAUGAUCUCAAAGCUCGAAUAAAAACCGAGGGAAAGCAGGGUACUGCUCAUAAUCAUCAACAACAGCAACAACAACAACAAUGGCAACGGCAACGGCAGGUCAAUGUCGUUGAAAAUAAUGUGAACAAAGUUGACGGAAGCAUGCUUAGUGUGGCCCUGGGUGCGAACUACCACGACUUCGAAAGAUUUCGAGAUCGACUUCUCGUCGUUGCUUCUCCCACAGGACAUGUCCGCACUGGCGAAAUGGAUCACAAUUUUGAACUGCUCCCACCCCCACUCGGGGAGGUGAGGUCGCAUAUGGAAAGUUGGCCCACGGAGGAAAACCAAGAAAAGUGUGUUCCUCCUGGAUAGCUUGCUUUCCCGCAUCCGUGAUUAGGUACACUUAUGGCUCCAUGAUACUAGAUUUCCUUCAGACUUACCAACCACAGUUCCCCUUAUAUCUGAGACUGGCUCUUUGUCUUAGGAAAAAUUCCGGCUUGAACAGAGCUCAUCUAAUGGAAUGAUGCGUCAAAUGUGAUGGAUAAAAACAUAAUCGUUAAUGCGAAAUGUCGCAGCACAGCUCUUGUCAAUACUCUCCACUUCCAUCAAACUCUUUAGUCCUUCUUCCUCUUU